AUGCCUUCAAAGAUGAGUGAGCGACUGUUCAAGUACCCUCCAAUGGAGCGCCAGGAUCUCAAUCAGUCUCAGCUCGGGAGCUUCAAGUUCACCCCGGUUGACCCUGUGGACCUCAAAUCCCUUACACAGUCGGCGAGCCAAUUCCUUGAGCAUCAGCUUUCCCAGAGGCAGAGACUAUCUGUAACGUCAGCUUCUUCAACGGGGGCUUUUCAAGACAGUGCCAGCACUUGGUCCUCUGAUAGAGGGCCCCCUCAGCCAAACCAAUAUGGUAUCGAUGCUGAAUUUUUCAACAGACACAUCAAGCCUGAUCUCGGAGAUUCUCGUCUGCGAUUGGGUCCUGCAGCUCUUCGAUCCGCCGUUGACGGAGCCAGCCCAGCAAAGAAACCGUCGUGGAACCACGUCCAGCAACAGCCUGACUUCUCCGUGAACUACCAUCAUCCGAGCGGCUCUAUCAGUAUUUCACAGGUGGCUUCUCCCCAAAACCCUGCAGCCAGCAUGGAUCCGACAGCUGCCACUUUCAUGCCUACAGCGGAUGCCCUCAGCCCAGGCAUUUCAGACCCUGCUUCGAUCAGCGAGACCUUGUGUAAUGCUCUUGCGAACGAGCAGCGUACUCAUAAUGCUACAAAGGCUGCCCUGGCACAGCAUAUCACCCGGUGCGUUGAGCUGGAGGACCAAUUGAGAAGAAGCAAGCAACAAAUUGCAAGCAUGAGUGUCACGAUCAAGAGUCUCGGUGCCAUAAUCAAACACAACACCAGCAAGCAGAACUCGGAGCAGGAUGAGUCGCAUAACAAAGUGGGUUAUUCUGAGGAAGCUGAAGAAACUGCUUUACGGGAUUUCUAUCGUGAAUAUAACAGGCUCAGGCAAGGGGCAAAGAAAGGUAGCAAAGAGCCAGGCAAGGGAAAGGAGUUUGUCAGCGACGGUUCAGGUCAGGACAAUGAUUUGACGAAGCAGGAAGCAGUCGGAGUUGUCGAUGAUUCCCAACUCUACAAUCUGGACCUGCUUGUGAAACCAGACGCUGGCGACUCUGUCGAAUCAGUCUUGCGCCGAACCCUGCGCAAAAACUUUUCCCUCGACAGCAGUGCAGAUGACGGCAAAGCACCAGGGACUCCUCAAAAUACACGUGACAGUCUCAACAGGCUGAUCGACAUUUCCCCUGAAUCAGGCGCUGAGGGCAAGGACACCAUGCGGGCAAAAGAACACGUCCCUGUGACUAACGGCCACGGAAGCCUCACUCGGACCCAGAUCCAACCGUCCACUACAAUAGAUACUAAUCUAAACUCAAGUAGAGAAGCUGUCGCUAAGUAUCGCCACCGGGCCGUUUCCGUGUCCUUGAAAGAGAAGUUUAAUGGUGCCGAUCUCGCGAUGGAUCACAUCGGGAACCUCGAGGCACUGGGCUUCUCUGAGCACGCAGUGAAGCCUCCACAAGAUGAGAGGAACGGCAGACACAAUCCGAUCUCCUCAGCAAAUGAUGAAGAUACAGAAUUGAAUACUGCAGUUGUUUCUCCCACCAACCAACCUAGAAAAGAACGCAUGACGCUCAAGAUCGGCAGCAAUCUUUAUGGAGAAACGAAAUGGCUCAUCAACAAAGAAUAUCCCAUCUUCGAGACUGAGCAGGAGAAGUUCGAGGCCGCCUGCGGAAACGGGGUCGCUUUCCAUCGCAAUAGCCCCUUUCUGAAGCAUCCUGUUCGCUACAUGCCUGAGGAUGCAGCUAGCACCAUCGAUGCCUAUCGCACUGUCAUGAUCGACGAGAUUCCAGCCGGAAGCACCAUGAUCGACGUGCUCAGUAUUGUCAAGGGUGGCUCGGUGGAGUCUAUACAGUUGUUCCCAUCCAUCGGCAAGGCGACCUCUUUCAUGACAGCUCGAGUCAUAUUCGUAUUCGAACGGUCUGCGCACAACAUGAUCAAGCACCAAGAGGCCAAGUCCAACGAGGAUGCCGGGGCAAGGCGGUUCAAGAUCAACGGUGUUGCCGUUCGCUGCUGGAUGCCCAACGACCCAACUUAUCCACGGAACUACGAAGUCGACCAAGAGAUCUUUGGCGACAAUCAAGCUACGCGAAUCAUUCUCGUUGAUGAAGUCGACGAGUUCGUCUACAACGCGCUACCGUACAAGAUCAGGUCUCCCUACGACCAACACGUUAUUGAGUACAGCUACACUGCGGAAGGCUCUGCUUCGAUCGAGUUCAGUGACAUCAAGAGUGCGAUCAAAGUGAAGGCCAUGCUGGAGAAAGAUCGAGGCAUGUGGCCUGCUCAAAUGCGAUACGCCGACGACUACACCUGUGUCCCGUAUGUCCAUGGUGAGCCGAUGGGUGCUUGA